CCAUUCGACACAAUCGGCAUAAUUCUUAACGAUCUAUUAAUUGGCAAUCAUCAGUUAUUUUGCUCAUCCCCAAUCCUAUCCAUCUCUUCCUAAUGAAUAUUUGCUCAUACUCCAUGAACCAGGAAGUAGUCUGCUCACAACUCACACUCCAUGAACCAGGAAGUAGUCUGCUCACAACACAACACACAAACGGAUAUUUAGCUACAAGUUGUUGAAUGUGAUAUAAAUUAUGAGAAGAAUAAAAAAUAUAUACAUUGCUUAAAAAAAACACAAGAUGAUGUAUGCUAAAAUACUCAUUCUUCUCAAGCCUGAUAAUAUGCUCUCCCCUGUUCUCGUUCACAGGGUGAAGAUGAGAUCCAAAAGCAGUGUGGUGUCACCCCCGACAAGUGAGGUGCUUGGGGUCCCACAGGGUGACCCCGACAUGGGCCAAGAGCAGGAUGUGUGUCUAGCUGUGAAGGGUAUGAAAGCCAAAGUUCAGCAGCAGGAUGGUGAAGAUAAAGUGGAGGUGAUAUUUGACAAAAAACAGCCGUUGUUGGACUCUACAAAGCUUGAAGGAAAAGGAGGUGCCUUGAUGAACUUGUCCAGAGAAGAUAUGCUCAAACUGCUGGGAAUCAUGGAAGGAGAAGUUCAGGCAAGAGAAGAUGUUAUCAGCAUGCUAAAGUCCAAACAAACCCCUCAAGAUAUCCUUUCAUCAGCAUGCAGCUCUGCAAAAGGCAGUUCUGCCCUCCAGGCCCUGCAGCGAGAUGACCUCAUCACUGGUACCCCACAACACAACCACAUUGUAUACCAAAAGCCAAUGAUUGAGCUGGAGCGCCUGCAGGAGAAGCACAGGGAGACCUACAGACGAAUGCUGGGUCAAUUGCUCCUUGCUGAAAAGAGCCACCGUCGCACUGUGCACGAGCUGGACAGCGAGAAACGCAAACACAUCGAUUACAUGAACAAGAGUGACGACUUCACCAACCUGCUCGAGCAGGAGAGAGAAAGACUGAAGGGGCUGCUGGACAACGAGAAAGCCUUCCAAGUUAAAAAGGAGAAAGAGCACUCUAAACGUUUGGCCAAGGUGCAAGAGGAGCUGGUCAAGCUGAAGUCCUUUGCCCUGAUGUUGGUCAAUGAGCGUCAACAAUACCUGGAGCAAAUGGACCAACAAAGUCAGCGUGUUCAGGAACUGAGCCAGCAGCUUCAGCAGCAAAAACAGAUCGUGAUUGAAGCCAGGAAGCACGCUCAAGAGGAUGCCCACAGGGUUCUGAGCUUAGAAGCUGAGCUUAAAGAGAAAACUGCCACUCUUGCUCAGCAGAAUGAAGAGACGAAUGCUAAGCUGGCCAGUCAGGAGCUCCUCAACCGUCAACUCAAUUUGAAAAUUCUAGAGCUUAUGCAUACAGUGGAUGAGCUCGAGGAGAGCAACAAGGCCUUGAAGAAAUCCGAAGAGGAACUGCAGGAGAUGAGAGACAAAAUUGGCAAAGGGGAAUGUGCAAACUCAAACUUAAUUGCAGAGCUAGAGAAUUUAAGGAAGCGUCUCCUGGAGAUGGAAGGAAAUGAUGAGGAGAUCACCAGAACAGAAAAUCAAUGCAAGGAGCUCAGGAAGAAGUUACAAGAGGAGGACAACAAAAGUAAAGAACUUAGGAUGGAGGUGGAGAAACUCCAGAAAAGAAUGAUAGAAUUAGAGAAACUUGAGGGUGCCUUCAACCUAAGCAAAAAAGAGUGUGCUCAGUUACACACGGCUUUAGAAAAAGAGAAGAGCCUGACCAAAGAUCUCUCUGAUGAAGUUGUUACACUCAAGAUCAGACUAAAAGAGCUGGAAUCCUCUGAACUGAAAUUAGAAAAGUCUGAGCUAAACCUGAAGGAUGACUUAGGUAAGCUGAAGUCGCUGACUGUAGCUUUGAUGGAGGAACGAAAGACUCUUGUGGAAAGAAUGACAUCGGGUGAAAAGACAAAGGAGGAUUUGAGUACAAUGGUCAAAGCUGAGCAAAGUAAGGUUAUGGAGGUGACUGAGAAAUUGAUAGAAGAAAGCAAAAAGCUCUUGAAGUUCAAAUCAGAAAUGGAAACUAAAGUUGAGAUUCUAACUAAUGAAAAGGGAGACCUCAGCACCAAGCUUGCGUAUGAAACAGAUAAAACAAAGGAUCUUCUUUCCAAAGUCAGUCAAAUGAAAAAGAGGUUAGAUGGGUUGGAGCAAACAGAAAGGUUGUCUGUGAAAAAUGCAGUGAAAUGUGAGCAAGGAAGGAUGUCUGAAGCUGGGAAAAAAGACGAUAAUAAAAUCAAAGAGCUAACCUUUGAGAUUGAACAUCUGAGAAAUCGCCUCAAACAGCUUGAAGUCGUGGAGGGAGACCUGAUGAAAACCGAAGAUCAGUAUGACAUUUUGGAGAAAAGGUUCAUAACAGAACAAGAUAAAGCUAACAUACUUUCCCAGCAAGUGGAGGCGAUGAGGAAUCAGAUAGCACGGAACAAAGCUGUUGAGAAAGGAGAAGAGGAUAGCCAAGAGGAAGACCUGCGACAACGAUACAAGCGAGAGGAGACCAAAACCAGGGAGCUUCAGGCGGAUGUACUAGCUCUUAAGGAGAAGAUACAUGAACUGAUGCAUAAGGAGGAUCAGCUUUCUCAACUGCAAGUGGAUUACUCAGUCCUACAGCAGAGGUUCUUUGAAGAAGAAGAAAAAGCCAAGAACAUGGGCACUGAAGUUCUCCAUCUUACUAAAGAACUGGAGAUAGCAAAGCGUCACAGUCGUGCACUAAGGCCUGGUUUGAAUGGGAGGAGGAUGGUGGACAUUGCUGUGACAUCCACUGGAGUACAGACGGAGGUCUUGUCCAAUGGACCAAUAGAGGAUGAUACCCCGGCAGGGUUUAUCAGGAAGUCUGUUCAAGAAGAGAAUCACAUCAUGAACAAUUUAAGACAGAAGAGCCUGAAGAAGCCAACAGAAAAGACGAGAGGCAUUGAGCGUUCCCCGUCCUCUGGAAGUGAUCUCGGUGUGAAAAAAUCCUGGAUUCCUUGGAUGAGAAAGAAAGAUAACAACUCUCAUGAAACCCUGGAAAAAACUCCACACAUUACUGGAAAUCCGGACCUGACCAUGGCCCACAAGCCAGGGCAGCCUUUACACAUCCGAGUAACACCAGACCACCAAAACAAUAUUGCUACCCUUGAGAUUAGCAGCGCCACAACUGGGGAUGUUUUCUCAACAUCAGCUCCGCUAAACCCCAAUCCAUCACACCCUAAAUCCAGAAUUACUAUCAUUCCAACACAUUCUUCUGCAACUCUUCGAGGAAAGUCCACAAAUAUACAACAGGGUCCAGAAAGAACCAAAUCUCCAGUCACCAUCACCACUAUUUCCAGAGCCAAGUCACCAGACAGCAGUCAAACUUCCUCCACUAUGGGAAGGCCCAUGUCUCCUGUCACCAUCAUGACAGUUAAUACCACAGCAGUACCUGAAUCCUCUUCUUCUCCAGAACCUCAAGAGAUGACCAUGGGCCGGGCCGUAUUCAAGGUUACCCCUGAGAAACAGAUGGUCCCAAUGCCCAUAAGGAAGGGUCACAACAAUACAAGCAUUAUCACCACCAGUGAGGAUAACAAGAUCCAUAUUCAUCUAGGCAACAGUCUGACCCCAAAGAUGGUCGUCCGGCCGGUGUCUGCUGUAACCGACGGCAAAGAACUAACCCUAUCAACGGGGACAGUGUUGCGCUCCCCUCGCCAAAUUACCACAACUCGGACCACACAGAACAAAGUGAUGAGCAGCAUUACAAUUUCUCCUGUUGCAUCCAACACUACAAGACCCACACAAAGCAUGUGUGGGCACGAUGCCCAAGCCCCUCGCACAGGGCUGACCCGCAUCCCAAUGUCCAAGAGCCUGAAAACAGGGAAAGCAGUUCUUGGUUCCCUGGGCAUAUCGAGUGGAGUGAAGACUGAGUCACGUGCUGAGAGUCAAUCUUUGAGGGUGGAGGUUAAGAAAACAGCCAUAAAUGGUAUAACUUAUCAAAAUGGAGGAAAAGGCUGAUUAACCAACCAAAAUACUCCAUGGUGCUACAAAGACAAUAACACCACAGACAUGCAGUGUAUCAUUGAUUCCUUUCAGAUUAUAUUUAAACUAAAACAUUAUUGUAUUUGUCAUUUUUUGCAUAAUAUUUUGCACUUCCCUGUCACGUCACAUGUUGCUAUUUGCAUUGUUAUAAUGGACUGUAUUUAAGAAAACAAUGUAAACCAUCCUGCUACUAACUGUUCAUUGCUUUGUGUGAUUGGCUCACAUGUAUUUUCAUUUUGUUCAAUGUUAUGC